AUGAAACCUACAUCCCCGGGUUCUUCUGACGAUAGAUUGUCAUUACUUGAACAGCGUAAUAGCCCAACGGAAACGAGUACAAUCAAUUCAAUGACAGAUAUCAACGAAAUUAUUAAUGUUGAAGAUUCUCAUUCGCCUUUCUUUUUACCACCUUUAAAGGACAUCCCUAUAGUAACUUCUAAAGGAUCAAGUAUGCCAACUUCACCUCCAGCUUCAACUACAGAAAAUGAUUCAACGGAUGUUGAAUUCGAGCAUAAUAUCAAAUCAAGUACAUUCGUGUCAACAAUCUCGUCGACGCUGUCAGUAGAUAAUGAUUCCAAUGAAUCUGAUGCUCAAUUCUCAAAAACAAAAAUUAAAGAAGAUAUGAAAGAUAGCAUUCUGAAAGAAAUUGAUGUAAAGCCUGGGUUUGGUAUGAAACCUACAUCCCCGGGUUCUUCUGACGAUAGAUUGUCAUUACUUGAACAGCGUAAUAGCCCAACGGAAACGAGUACAAUCAAUUCAAUGACAGAUAUCAACGAAAUUAUUAAUGUUGAAGAUUCUCAUUCGCCUUUCUUUUUACCACCUUUAAAGGACAUCCCUAUAGUAACUUCUAAAGGAUCAAGUAUGCCAACUUCACCUCCAGCUUCAACUACAGAAAAUGAUUCAACGGAUGUUGAAUUCGAGCAUAAUAUCAAAUCAAGUACAUUCGUGUCAACAAUCUCGUCGACGCUGUCAGUAGAUAAUGAUUCCAAUGAAUCUGAUGCUCAAUUCUCAAAAACAAAAAUUAAAGAAGAUAUGAAAGAUAGCAUUCUGAAAGAAAUUGAUGUAAAGCCUGGGUUUGGUAUGAAACCUACAUCCCCGGGUUCUUCUGACGAUAGAUUGUCAUUACUUGAACAGCGUAAUAGCCCAACGGAAACGAGUACAAUCAAUUCAAUGACAGAUAUCAACGAAAUUAUUAAUGUUGAAGAUUCUCAUUCGCCUUUCUUUUUACCACCUUUAAAGGACAUCCCUAUAGUAACUUCUAAAGGAUCAAGUAUGCCAACUUCACCUCCAGCUUCAACUACAGAAAAUGAUUCAACGGAUGUUGAAUUCGAGCAUAAUAUCAAAUCAAGUACAUUCGUGUCAACAAUCUCGUCGACGCUGUCAGUAGAUAAUGAUUCCAAUGAAUCUGAUGCUCAAUUCUCAAAAAAAAAAAUUAAAGAAGAUAUGAAAGAUAGCAUUCUGAAAGAAAUUGAUGUAAAGCCUGGGUUUGGUAUGAAACCUACAUCCCCGGGUUCUUCUGACGAUAGAUUGUCAUUACUUGAACAGCGUAAUAGCCCAACGGAAACGAGUACAAUCAAUUCAAUGACAGAUAUCAACGAAAUUAUUAAUGUUGAAGAUUCUCAUUCGCCUUUCUUUUUACCACCUUUAAAGGACAUCCCUAUAGUAACUUCUAAAGGAUCAAGUAUGCCAACUUCACCUCCAGCUUCAACUACAGAAAAUGAUUCAACGGAUGUUGAAUUCGAGCAUAAUAUCAAAUCAAGUACAUUCGUGUCAACAAUCUCGUCGACGCUGUCAGUAGAUAAUGAUUCCAAUGAAUCUGAUGCUCAAUUCUCAAAAACAAAAAUUAAAGAAGAUAUGAAAGAUAGCAUUCUGAAAGAAAUUGAUGUAAAGCCUGGGUUUGGUAUGAAACCUACAUCCCCGGGUUCUUCUGACGAUAGAUUGUCAUUACUUGAACAGCGUAAUAGCCCAACGGAAACGAGUACAAUCAAUUCAAUGACAGAUAUCAACGAAAUUAUUAAUGUUGAAGAUUCUCAUUCGCCUUUCUUUUUACCACCUUUAAAGGACAUCCCUAUAGUAACUUCUAAAGGAUCAAGUAUGCCAACUUCACCUCCAGCUUCAACUACAGAAAAUGAUUCAACGGAUGUUGAAUUCGAGCAUAAUAUCAAAUCAAGUACAUUCGUGUCAACAAUCUCGUCGACGCUGGUCAGUAGAUAA